AUGGUCAACGUGGUCAUGGGUGAGUUCGUGCGAUUGCUGGGUAGCGUUGGCACCGAGGGCUUCUCUGAUAGCUACAUGAGUGCAGUCAGCACAACUGCUCUUUACUUCGUUUAUAUCGGCAUUGUCAGACUGGCUUCCAUCUAUCUGUAUGGCUCCUUGAUGACCUACGUUGCGUAUCACCUAGUUCGAGCCAUUCAGCACGACUACCUACAAGCAGCUCUUCGCCAAGAGGUCGGUUUCCAUGAUCAAGGUGUCUCCGGGUCAAUUUCCACCCAAGCAACGGAAAACGGCCUCAUGAUUCAGUCGGGUAUCUCAGAAAAGCUCGGUCUAGUUGUGCAGUCCAUAACCACCUUCGUUGCAGCCUUCGUCAUCGCAUUCGUCGCCCAGUGGAAGCUCACCUUGAUCUUGGUCUGUAUUAUUCCAGCAUCCAUUCUACUCGUUGGUGGAGGCGGUACGUAUGAUACCAUCAACAACCGCGAAGUGUUCAAGGUCUACUCGGACGCUGCAAGCUAUGCUGAGAAUAUCCUAAGCGCUAUGCGAAGCGUCAAAGCUUUCAAUCUGCAGUCUAGGACGUUAGCAAGGUACAAAAGCUACUUAGAUAUGGCUUUGAAACUCGGAAAUGAGCGUAGCAAGACUUCUGGAAUAAUAUUCGGUGGCCAAUACUUCGUUGUCUUCGCAGGCAUGGGCUUGGCAUUCUGGCAAGGCUUCAGUAUGAUAUCCCGUGGUGAGGCAGAUCUCGGAACCGUUUUUACAGUACUUUUCUCCGUCAUCAUCGCCGCUUCGACAGUUAUGUUGACUGGGCCAAACUUCGUUACCUUCGGGCGUGCUGCGUCUGCGGCGAUUGACCUAUUCGAGCUCAUGGAUAGGAAGUCUAGAAUUGACUCAUUGGACCCCUCCGGCAUAGAGCCUGCGGCGUUGAUAGGUGAAAUCGAGCUAGAAUCUGUCAAUUUCAAUUACCCGAUGCGCCCUGAUACCAUGGUUCUUCGCGAUUUUUCGCUCAAAAUCCCUGCUGGUAAGGUGACUGCUCUCGUUGGUCCUAGCGGCUCGGGCAAGAGUACUAUCAUCGGUCUUCUUGAGCGAUGGUAUAAUCCAACAUCAGGAAAUAUCAAGAUCGACGGCCAUGUUACCUCAACCUUGAAUCUACGAUAG